AUGGAAAGAGAGUUGAGACAGUUUGAUGAGAAUGAAAAAAAUGCAACCGGUCGGGUGCCAUUUGUGAAGCCCAUAUCAGAUUUCUUGAUGACGGUUUUUGAUUUGGGAAAUUCUAAAACAUGGUUGAGGGGAAGAGCUCUUUUAGUUAUAUUACAGCAAGUUCUAGGAAGUACCAUAGAGAGAACGAUUACGCAACAAGUUGAACUUAAUGCUAAGCUGGAAGAAAGGGUCUUGGACGUCCUCAAUUUGUUAAAGAGUAUGCUUUUUCCAAAUGGAAAGUUCAGAGAAUCUCCACAACUUAGAACAAAAGUAGAACAGGCUUCAACCAGACAAGAAGCAUUGUUUGUUUUACGAGUGUUCACUAAUGAAACAUGUUCGAAAAUCUUUGGUUCAAGAUGCGCCAAUCAAGCAUGUGAAACAUUUUUCGAAAUGGUCCAAAAUGAUUAUUUGAAUAAGAACUUACUUUUUGAGAUUUUGGAUACCUUUUUGUUGGAGCUUUUCCCCGAGGUAAACUGGGAAUCCUACUAA